AUGACAAUAGCAGAAACGCAUAAAAUCAAGGUAAAUGGUCUUACUAAAUUACAAAAUAAAAUGGAUAUAGAUCUACCGACGCAUCUAUAUUUCGUUGUUCCAAACAUAAACGAUAUGUUUGAUAAUUAUUAUUUGCAGGACUAUAUUACAGUAGAGAGAAAAAA